UUGUUUUUUAAUAGUUUUGUUCCGUAAGUCAUGGUAUAGAAUCGGAAAUGAAUGUAAAACCUCCCUGGAAAGGUUAAGAACCUUUUCUGAUAGGGGAAUUACAACAUUCGAGGAUUGAUUGAAGGAAAGCCUCGUCGCCAAGCAAUUUUUUUCUGUUUUUCUGUUAUUGUCAAUGCCAAGUUGUUGGCCCGCGAGGCCAAGUUUGUUUACUUCUCUCUUUUGCGGGUGCGAUAACCCACAGGGACUGGCGCGAACUUGACCCAGUUCUCCCAGGUUCAAGCCCAGCUCAGAGCAGCCUCCGAUCCGCCGCUUAUCGUUCGCCAAAUGGCACGUUCAGUCUACACUUCACCGCCAAGAUGAGAGCUAGCACAGGCGCUUGGGUGGCUUUGCUUCCGCUGGUGCUUGGUUUAGCCGUCCACCUCUCCGGAGUGCUCGGUGUCCAGCACAACAUCCCGAAUCGCACCCAAAUGAGUGCUGCCGUGACGGAGUCUCGCGAGGAGCAGAACUCGCGACGCCUAAUUGCCUCGAACAUUCGCAAAUACAUGAAUCUAAGUGCCGAUCCCUGCACGGAUUUCUUCGAGUACGCCUGCGGUCGGUGGGGCAGCUACCACAGACAGGAGAUGCGUUCCGGAGAACUGUUGACCGCCCAGCAGAUGAUGGAGCGCAGGAUCGUGGAUCAGCUGCAACAGCUCAUCGCCCAGCCAUUUCCACCUCACCACCACCCCAACAGACACAACAAGCCGAAUGUGGGCAACGUCCGGAAAGUGAGAGCCUUCUACGACUCCUGCGUGUCCGAUGUCAAGGAUCAGGAGAGACGUCAGUUCCUGAUGAAUGUCCUCAAGGACAACGGAGGUCUGCGGACAAUACCCAACUCCAACUGGCAGGCGAACCGUCAGUUCGUGCAAACCCUCGCCGAGCUGAGGAGAAACUAUGGAUUUGACAUUCUCCUGGGCAUGGAAGUCGACUUCAACCUGGAGCAGAUGAAGGGCAAUAGUAUUUACUUUGGCGAUCCCAAGCUGACCAUCAUUCCAGAGGAGUAUUGCAACUCCCUGGUAACGAGAAGUGCGCGGGUGAACGAUUCGAUCUAUGAGGAUGUGCAGCGGCAGGUGGAACGCAAUAUCAUCGAUUGGUUCAACAUGGAUCAGGGGGAAGCCUCCAGAUUUGCCGGCGACAUUGUGAGCUUCGAGUUCGAGCUGUGCAAGAGGAUUCGGGAGCAGCAGAUUCAAAAACCGGAGGAGGAACCGCCAAUGGUUCCUCCCAUGUAUGAGGUGCGCUCCCGCACGGGGCAGGACAGAUUACAUCGUCACAGGAGCGGAAUGAGUCUGGUGGAGCUCACCAACGAAAUGGGUAUGCAGUUCGAUUUCAAACUAUACGUCGAGCUGCUCCUGGAGAUGCCCUACACAAAUGGAGUCUACCUAAGGUCCCCGGAAUACGUGAAGCAUAUGGUUAAAACAAUCAAGAGCCACAGCCGUCUCACAGUCUCGGGAUACAUUAUGUACGUAGCUCUCAACGAACUUAACCAGAAGCCCGAGAGGGAUCCUGUGCGCCGUGCCCGUCAGUGUGUCCAAACCAUUGAGCGCCUCUUUCCCCAGUACAUGGGCGAGUUGUUCCAGUUGCAGGUGCAGCGGGAUAACAUCAAGCACGAUCUGGACGAAAUCUUCAAGAACGUGAUUAAGGCCCUGGAGGAGCAGUUGCAUGUGGAAUGGCUGGCCGACAACGACAGGAGAGCGGCCAGAACGAAACUGUCACAGUACCGCGUUCUGCUUCCCGACUACCAGAGUCUGGACCUCUCCAGGCUGGAGUUCCAGAAGAACGACCACUACUGGCGCCGCUUCGAGACGGUUCUGCGCUUUCGAUCCCGCCAGCAGUUCGAGAGUCUGCAGGGCAACGAUUUCGGAAGGGAAAUGGAGGGGAUGGUGGAUGGCUUCGAGGUGCGAGCCGCUCUGGCUCCUCGCCUGCAGUCUGUUGUGGUGGGCUGGGGUCUCCUGCAGUCACCGUACUACAGUUACUACUACCCCAAAGCCAUGAAGUACGCUCUGGUGGGCCAACGACUGGCCAGUGCUUUGGUCCAGGCCUUCGACGAUGAAGGAUGGAAUCGCCAGCCGCAGGCCACUUCCCAGUGGAGUGAGUUGACCAUGUCGGGCUACAGCAACGUCACUGAAUGCCACAGGGCGCAGUACAGCAGUUAUCUGUUCAACGAACCCUCGGAAUUCCGCAACAUCACCAGACUGAGGGAGGUCUUGGCCAACGGCAGUGGCCUGAACGUGGCCUUCAACGCCUACUUGGCCUGGUUGGAGCAGCAGGAUCACAGACUACACUGGAUGAUGUCCAAGGAAACGCUACCCGAUCUAAACUUCACCAACACCCAGCUGUUCUUCAUCUACUUUGCCCAAGCGCAGUGCUGGGCGAAGGACACUGCGGAAGCUGUCCCCGAAUCCAUGCCGCUGAUGCAGCACACGCCCGAGCGAUGGGACGUCAAUGGGCCGCUGAGCAACUCGGAGGAGUUUGGCCGAGAAUUCGGUUGCGCCUUGGGCACUCCCAUGAACAGCGGAGACAAGUGUUUUCUUUAUUGAUGCUGAUGCCGAUGGUGACGCGGCGGAAACAAAAUACUUGUAAACUAAGUCAAGGGGAGCUCUGUUAAUUGAAGUGGAUGCCAGUAGCUUUAAAACCCCCAAGAGAAGAUUUUUCCCAUAUUAAACUACAAUAAACUAAGCUAACAAAAAUCGUUUUAAAUAAACUAACAAUAAUGAGA